AUGACUGCUGAAGAAACUGUGCCAAGCCAGUCAGGGCAGGAGGAGAAAGAAGAAGGUGCUGCAGAGGGCUCAGAAGUGCUGUCGGACUCGCUCCUCCUGAGCAGCGUUAGUGAAGCCAAGCAGCAGGUGGACGCGGCGUAUUCACGUGCUCGGAAGUGCUUACAGCAAAAACUAGGGGAUGAGUUUGCCAGCCCAGUGGAUUUCCUGAAGCACUUAAAGGAUCCAGUAGGAAGAACCAGAUCUGCAGUCCGUGCUGCCGACUACUUGGAAACUACUUUGAAGCUCCUCAAAAGAAAGCUGAAGCAGUCUGGGAGGAUGAGAUUCAACAUUACAGGUGACAAACGGGUAACGGAGAACUUGGGACUUUCUGCUCUGCACACUGUGUUCCUCUGAGAGCACAAUCGCCUGGUGACAAAGCUGGGGAAGUUAAAUCCUCACUGGGAUGGAGAAAAGCUUUACCAGGAGAGUCGAAACAUCAUAGCUGCCAUGACCCAGAUAAUAACAUACAGAGAUUAUAUACCACUUCUGCUUGCAGAGGAGACCAGCAGGUGGAUUCCCUCGUACAGUGGUUACAACGAGAGUGUGGAUCCGACGGUGUCAAAUGUUUUCUCCCUGGCCUUCCGAUUCGGUCACGCCUCAGUGCAGCCUUUUGUAUCCCGUUUAGAUGACAGCUUUCAGCCUAUGGGUUCACUUUCCCAUGUCCCUCUCCAUCUGACAUUCUGUGCAUCAUGGAGAAUUAUAAUGGAAGGUGGCAUCGAUCCGCUGAUACGCGGCAUGGUGGUGGAUCGUGCAAAACUGAUGAAACAGAAUCAAAUGCUCGUUGAGGAGCUGCAGAACCACCUUUUUGAGCAAACAGAGAUCAUGGGUCUGGAUCUAGCAGCUCUGAACUUGCAGCGGGGAAGAGACCAUGGACUUCCAGGUUACAACGCCUGGAGGCGCUUCUGUGGGCUCUCCCAGCCUCAAACAGUGGAUGAGCUCUCUGAGGUGCUGGGCAAUAGUGAACUGGCCAAGAAGUUCAUGGUCCUGUAUGGGACACCGGACAAUAUUGACCUCUGGAUUGGGGCAAUUGCAGAGCCCUUCAUUCCCCGGGGCAGAGUUGGGCCCCUCCUGGCCUGCAUCAUUGGCACCCAGUUCAGGAACUUGCGUGAUGGGGACAGGUUCUGGUGGGAGAACCCAGGAGUUUUCACUCCGCAGCAGUUGGAAGAACUGACAAAAAUCUCAGUGCCAAGAGUGAUCUGCGACAACACCCGUAUCAAAAAGCUACCCAGGGACAUGUUCAGGGCCAGCAGCCCUGGGAACUUUGUUGAUUGCCAUGAGAUUGACGUGCUUGAUCUCUCAGCCUGGAAAGAUGAGCCUGAGAGGGGCAGCAAAGGUACGUAGGAGAUUUCCCUCAUUCGAAUGCUCUCC